GCUGCAGAUGAUAAGUGCGUUGCCCAGGGAGUCAAGUACCCUUCCGAGGUUCCAGAGAAAAGCCCUGGAUCUGCCGUUAGUAACCUGCAGAAUGCCCCCAGUCCUUCAAAAUCCUGUACUUUGUAUGGAGGUGGCGGUGUCAUUUUUGCGCAGGCCAAGUUUUCUAACUACUCUACCUUUCUAGCUGCAUUUGAGGAUUGGUGCAAACAAGGGUUGCAUGUGUUUACAAAAAGGAGGUCUAGAACAUGUCCAUUAGCUCAGUGUGAGGAAUUUAAAUACUCCUCAGUUGAAUUCAUCUGUGUCCAUGGACGCCCUCUAUCAGCCAUGGGCAGCGGAAAGCGCCCACAACAGUCUUAUUAUUUUUCAGGUUGCCAGGCACGCCUCUUGUUAGUUUUGAAGACAAAGCCAGAUAUGUGCUAUGUAAUCUCAAAACUUGUUGUUGAACAUAACCAUAGUCUGGAAUUAUGCAGCACAUACCCCCAAAACAGGCUUCUGACUACAUCUGAGAAGGAGACAUUUGCAGAUGUAGCAAAAUGCAAUAUUAAACCUAAGGAUUUCAAAAAUUAUGUCUAUGAAAAAACAGGCAAGACUCUAACAACACAAGACAUUAACAAUUACAAAAACCGUAGUGUGAAUUCUGUGACUGCAGUUAAAACUAGUGAGGCUCAUGGGGCCCUGUUGUUAGAGCAAUUGCAUAGUCUUGCCUCCAAGAACCCUAAUUGGAUCAUACAUUAUGAAAAAGAUAAAAACAAUGAGCUGUUAUUUGUGUUGUUCCAGACGUCCGUUAUGCGAGAAACUUUGGAAAAGUAUCCCGAAAUUCUGUUCAUCGAUGGGACAUAUAAGGUUAACGUAGAAGGUUACAUUCUCUAUUCAAUUCUUUGUGAAGACGCUCGUGGUAGGGGUCGAUGCAUUUGCUAUGCGUUUUUGCAAAGGGAAACCUCCCUAAUUGUUCGCCCUGUUUUUCAGAAGUUUAUAGAUUGUAAUCCUUUUGUACUUUCAGCAUGCAAAGUUGUUAUGGUAGAUAAGGACCUAAAUCAGUUAAGGAUUUUGAAAGAGCUUCUGCCAAAAAGCACCAUUCUCCUAUGCACUUGGCAUGUUCUCCAUUACUUGGACUUGCAGAUUAUGAAAUACCCAGUUCAUCAGAGGGAAUUAUUGCGUCGCCUAAUUAAAGAAGUUGUCUAUGCCAAUCGCCUGUCUGUUUACGACAAAAAAGUUGCGCUGUUGAGGGAACACUCUCCUGACGAUUUUUUGCUCUACUUCAUGAACAAUUGGGAUUCCUGCAAAGAAAUGUGGGCGCAUGCGUACCGCCGAGACUUGCUAACAAUGGGGAAUAAUACCAACAACCGAAUUGAGAGCCAUAAUCAAAAACUAAAAAGCUUCCUGCGUCCAGGAAUGCACCUGGCUGCUGCGAUGACUGCUUUGCUAGAGUAUAUUGACCAUGAUAUUAUAUCACUAAGGUUUGCAAAACUUAGAGAGCUUAAGCUCAAUUUAAAUACAAGUAGCUUUGACAUGUUCCAGCUAACAUUAGCUCAAACGUGCACUCUGGUAGCUAGGAAUAUAGUAUUACGGGAAUAUGAGAAGUUUAAGACUAUUCGCUAUAUUGUUAGCUUUCAAAAUGACGCAUACACUGUUAAGUUGGAAGGGACAGAGUAUGUGAUAGCAAAAAGCCUAGACAGUUGCACAUGCCUCUGUUAUUCCCAAUAUGGACUUCCAUGUGCCCACAUUUUGACAGCACGGUCUUUUGCAAAUCUAGAACUAUUUGACCACUCUGUUAUUCCGCAUCGAUGGCGUAGGAGCCACUUCCUAGCAUCUGAAGCUACCGACCCUCUAAGCAUGCCUGGUCCAUGCACAGCUGGUUCGAGCCCACUAAGCUUGCAUAGCCCAACUCCGCUUAGCUCAAACCCACCUAGCCCGAGCCCACGUAGCCCAACUCCGCUUAGCUCAAACCCACUUAGCCCGAGCCCACGUAGCCCAACUCC